AUGUGGAUAACUGCGCGCAAGGGACAAACCGUGGUGUGGAAACUUUUCCAAAUUGGGCAGGAUCCUGCUAGAAUCUAUUUGAUGACAUCAGACGGUGUUGAACGGGUUGUAGAUCCUUGGACUCCUGCUGUCGUCAACGCUCUCGCAAAAUCUGACACAGUGUACAUCGUGGAUGGUCAAGCUCCAACCGUGGUGAAAGCCUGGACUCUCCUCCUCACCUCUCCAAAGCGCAAGCAUUACCAAAAAUAUCUCACAAAACGAGCAAGGCUAUUGUAUAUGCCACCAUGGAGUGGUGUGCCAAGAUACGUUCUUGAGUUGGCCUCGUUUCAAUUCAAAGCACUCGGUGGCAAUGAGGAUGCGGUGUUCAAACCUCUGGUCGCAGAGCUGACUCAAGCCAUCAACCGAGGUGGGGGAGUGAUUGGCUUUAUAAAAGCACAUCAGAACCAAACUUGUGAGGCCAAGAAUUCACAUUGUGUGCUCCACAUUUGUUGUCACCCCAAUGGAAAACUCAAACAGCUUCACUUGGAAUGGGCAUCCUGCCGAGUUGAGGGUGUAGUGGCUGAGCAGGUUGCAAAGGAACUUCACAAUGACCUUGAGGACUUCCUCCACAUUGCUUUCAACUGUGGCAAUUUACGUGGACUGCUAUAUGAGCCAUAUGCAAUCAAGGUGUUGCAAGGUGGUGGAAGCUUUCAAGUCCGUCAACUUUGCAAAGGAAAUCGGUCGAACACCCAGAACAUUAAGGUCUUGUUUCCCGCAGCCAAAUGUCAAACCUUCCAAACUUACAAAGAAGUGACGGUUUCCGAGAAACAUCCUCCAAUCAAGCAUCAGGGCCUCAGCAAGGCUCUUCUAGAGCUGGUGGACAAGUCUGAACCUUCUGACCCCAGGCUUUACUUUGUGGUCCCAUCUGAUAUCUAUUUGACCUUCACAUAUCAGCAAUAUCAUACCAAAGACGGGGAAAAAUAA